GUGAGGCUCAAAUCGUUGAGAAGCAGUACCGUGGUGGAGCCAUCUCCAGAAAGCGUCCGGCCGCCCACAUAUCUUCUUGAAGAUGGACCGGCAGCAGCUGGAGCAUGCUUUGUCGCAGGCCAGGGCCGCCGGCAAUGGUGGUGGAGGUGCCGGAGGAGACCGUGGACGCGGAGCCGGUGGUCGUGGCCAGACUCCCCAGAACGAUGACGCCAACCUGCUCACCAUGAUCGUCAGGGACCACCUGUACAUCAGACAGGACAUGGGGCCCGUUGCCGACAGAGUGCAGUUGGCAGUCUUGUUCAAGACCAACGAGGAGAGUGAAAAAAUGACAGCUUGUGUGGAACAGUGGAAAGCAAAGCUCCCGGAGAACACCGGCCCGAAGGGCAAGAAGGCUCGCCAGGGCGAUUCGGACGCGAUGGCUACCGACAGUGGUGCUGCGGGCUCGGCGCCGGCGCAGGGUGGCACAAAGCAUCCUUUCGGCCCGAAGAAGGUGUUCCUCCUCUUCACGUUGUUCGCGAGGCUCGAGGAGAUCCUUCAGGCGGUGACUCCGGCAGAGGGCCAGCCAUUGACCGAUGGCCUGAAGCAGCAGGGCCUUGCCGUGCUCAAGGGCUUUAAAGACCUCGGCCAGACCAAGCUUGACACAUACUUCACCGGCUUCUCCCCGAAGAUUCCCACGAUGAAGAAAGAUUUUACUUGGCUGUGGGUGCUAACAAUCAACCAGACUCUCAUUCCGCCAGAGAUCAAGAGCCACCUGGUGGACCUCAUCUCGCUCACGGCGCUCAAAGAGUUUGGCAUCAAGAUUGAAGUGAAGCGCUCUGUGCAGGGCAAGCCGGAGGCGGACCUCUGGACAGCCCUCCGGGGGCGCCCUAGAGCGUGAGAAGGGCGAGAGCCGGGCCGGCCGCGGUGCUGAGGUCGAAUACCGGCCUGGUGGGCACCACCAGCCCCCCUAAAAGCGGGGGGGGCUGGCACGAGUCUGGCAUGGACACGGGCCGGCUGCCCGGUCCCGGGAGGCAGGGCAGCUGGCCAUUUUUAUUCUUUCUCGUGAUGUGUAUGGAGCUUUCUACCCAGAGGGUUGGCACAAAUGUAUCAUCAUGUUCUUCCUUGCCAAGGGUGUGGUUGGG